CAAGAGCGUCACACACACGCUAACCCCGCUACCGUGAGAUAGCCGCCAACUAAACAUCACCUCUCUGCUCGAAAACAACGCGUGAGUUACGGAAACAAAGUCAAGACUAUCCAAUCGUUGUGCAAUAGUAACAGUCAACAGAAACCAACUACAAGUUGCUGACAUGAAGAUCGGUCUGGUUGGGCUUGGACUCAUCUGCCUUGCGCUUGCCGCGCAACGUGCUAAUGCCGGUCCUUACUUAGACGACGAGGAGCAAAAUGCUUUGGCCGCUGCAUCGGAAGACGACUACUCCGACAAUGCGAUAGACAACCUUCUGCACGCCGUGCAGCAAAAACGUGCCUCGUGGAUCUCUAUGUUCAGGCGUGCGUGCGUGCCUCGCAACGGCAUCUGCGACCAUCGGCCCAACGACUGCUGCUUCAGCUCGUCGUGCCGCUGCAACCUCUGGGGCUCGAACUGUCGCUGCCAGCGAGUGGGCCUCUUCCAGAAGUGGGGAUAGACGCCCGUUGAGCGCCUCGGCCUUCUGCUGCUCCAUCGACGUGCACACAGCUAAAACGACAACAGCAACAUCACCGACAAUCCGACAAAUCUUUAUCUGUCAUUCUCUUGAUUCCCUCGCUAAUUGGUGUGUAUGUUAUUUAUUCGUCACUGUAACUCAGCAAAUAAAUGCGAGUACGCUCUUCAAAAUCAAAAUUCUAUUCGGCAAAUAAUGAUCGAUGAUACGUACGUAAGUCGGACAUGCACUACCGCGACCAACCCCAUUAUCCCGAGGCGACUUGAAACUUGCGACCGACUUUGAUGACGACUGCGACUGCGACUGCGACUGUGACUGCGACCGCGACCGCGAUGGUGACGUACAUCAACUUUUAGUUGUCAGAUAUCUUUCCUUAUCAUACACUGUACUCGUGUAGAAUGUAGCUAUCGUAGAGACAGAGAAUGCAUGUAUAACCGCUAUAUCGCGAGCUCCGUGUUGGCGAGCUGAACAAUUCACUCAAGACUGUUGAUUUUCUUUCGAGUAUAUAACAGGAUGAUUAUGAUGAUGACGACGCUGAUGAUACGCAUUAGUCAGUCUCGACCCCUUGUUUACCAAUUUAAUAUCGGUAGACCUAAUGCGACACUUUCUAUCUAUGUGAUUAAACAUUUUUCAACAAGUCAUUUAAUCGUCAUUACGAUAUGCGCAGAGAAUAUCUGUACUGUCGAUAAGACUCUGCGCUAUCGGAUUAAUUAAUGUGCAGCCAACAAGUUUUUCAAUUCUGUAGACUACUAACUACUAAGUAGCAAAUACAAAAUAGUCAAUGGUUUCAACGAGGCAUCGUUGGAGUAAAUAGUAGCAAACACGAGUAGUAAACAAAGGGGUCGACACAUCGUUGAAGCUGCGCUUGCGAGUUCGCGCGAUCUGCUGGUACGGACAAUGACACAAACCUAUAUAUAUUCUCGUUCACAAAAGUUGGUUAGUAUAUCUUGCAACUUGACUAUCUCGCGGCUAACUACUUUAAUUUGUCACUUCUAGUAGAAAUAUACAAGUACAUGCAGGCGCACAACGUUUCCUACAAAGUCUUGAGCACAUGGAAAAACCAACAACAGAGAUCCUUUCGUUUCCGCUCGUAAAAAAUACUUGCACACAAGCUUACCGAGAUCUUCUAGUUGUGUCGAGGAGCCAUGUAUUAACCGGGGGGAGGGGGGUAAGACUGAACAAAAAAAAUCCCAUGAAGUAUAUAUAAUAUAUUUUGUAAGAAAGCGAUUCCACUGACCAGCAGGUUUCGGACGCACGUAAUGUUGCAAAAGACAGCGAGAGACAGAUUGGGCAAGAGAGAGAGAGAGAGAGAGAGAGAGAGAGAGAGAGAGAGAGAGAUUGUCAAAGAACCCUUUUGCUUGCUGACGCGUGUCGCGACGCUCCCUGUGUCGAAACACGCGUGCUACCCUCGCGAAUUUUUUCUCUCUUCUGAUGCAGAGCCUCUGACGAACGAAUCAAAGACGAACAAGACUAAAGCAAACUUUUUGAUAACAAUAACUAUGUUACUGCUUCAUCGUACUGGAACUUUCGAUCUUUCUUCUCGAAGGUAUAGAUGGAGAAUACUUGCAGAUCAGUCGAACGUCAAUUGUUGGGAAAAGAUGAACCGAGGGAAAAGCUAACGACGCAGCGUUAUUUUUCACACCGACUCGGCGAGGAGCUCGCAAAAGAGGGUUAAUGAAUAAUCUUUCGCCGGCGGCGAGCCAUACGAAAUGACGUAUCAUUGUCUCAGCUAAUUGUAUUACCAUAGCUAUAGCUCUAUGUGACUUCGUUUUCCGUCUUUUUUUGUACCGUUGUCUGUAUUUUCAGUUUCCUUCCGUUUCUCGCGCGUUUCGUUUUCCGAAGCAUCGACGAGGCGAGAACAUGGCUAGUUUUUUUGUCUCUGCGCGUGGGCCAUUUCCAAAGCAAACAAAUGAAUAAACAAUACCUUGGUAUCGGAUUAGUCUGCGAUAUGUACUGUACCUAUUGUUUAUUUUUUACCUGAUGUAUAUGUAUAAUAUCAUGUAUAAUAUCAAAGAGAAUCAAUAUAAUAUAUGAAUUAUAUGAAAUAUUAAAAAUA